AUGCAAACAAUGAAGGGCGAGGAAUUUAUAUCCGAAUUCUUCUGCGCAGGCUCCCGAAUUGAGGUGAGUCGAGAGUCAAUAGUGAAGAAUGCGGCUCGGUUUGGCCCGAAUUUGAUAGCGUCGAAGAACUCCGGACGCAGCUCGUCCAAUUUCGACCACAGACCUGCCGAUUUUUUUUCUCAAUCACGGAAGAAAGAGUUUCACAAGACUUUCAAGAGCUCUGGUACCUCUUCUUAUGGUUCGGCCAAGGAGGUGGAGAAGGUGGAAGAGACGGAACCCAGUAGCCCCUCGAGGAGGCUUGAUGAGUACAGCGAGGCAGUUUUAGCGAUGGUUCCAAUUUCUUGGAGGAACGGUGGGCUCCAACAUCAACAUCGGUAUCAGAUAAGGGCCUCUUGGGGUGACCAUGGCGAGACAGAUAUUUGGGUAGCGAUUACGAAAAUGGUGGUAAAUAGCGUUAAAUAUCCUUAUGAUUUGAAUGGACUAACUUCCUUCGGCAAUAUGUAUAUUAUGGGUUGGGGGUGA